AAAAAAAAAGUGUUUUUGUUCAAUAAAUUAAUAUUACAAAUGUGGCUAAUCACCAAUCACCACACACGCUAAUAACUAAUAACUAAUUAGUCAUACUAAACUGAUGACAUUUUUAUAAGGAAAAGAGAAAGAAACGUUUCUUUCUCUCUAUAUAACCGAAUAACAACAGCUAAAAAAACGUUCCGAAACGCCCAAAAGGAAUAAGAAUCUGGGUAGAGUGGAUGGCCUGGAACAAAAGUCUACCCGCGAGCCCAGUUCAGUUUCUUAAUUAAGUCUUUUUUUCUUCUCUAUUUUCUCACUCACUCACUCAUGGAGUCUCUCAUCUCUGAUUUAAAUUUUCAAUUUUAAAAUAAUUUUUUUAAAAAAAAUUUAUAAAUUCUCUGAAGAAUUUCGAGACUAAUUAAUGGCGGCAUUCGCUCCCAAGCUUCCAUGGAUCGCCGAAGACGAUCUUCUUCUCAAGAACGCUGUCGAGGCAGGUGCUUCUUUGGAAGCACUUGCUAAAGGUGCGGUUCGAUUCUCUCGCAAAUUCACUGUUGGUGAAUUGAGAGACCGGUGGCAGUCUCUGCUUUAUGAUGCUGAUGUUUCAGCUGAAGCUUCUGCUCGUAUGGUGGAAUUUGAGCUUUCUAAUAAUCAUAAUAGCUUGUCUUCUAAGCCUAGUAGUACUAGUAGUAGUAGUAGUAGGUUUGGGGUUUCUAAAGGAGGAGCGAGUGUAGGACUAGGAAGUUCUCCUGCGAAACGAAAAUCUGAAAGUAUUCGUAGGAAGUAUUACGAGAGGCGUAAGAGAUUGUGUUCGUUUAAUAGUUAUAAUUUGUCUUAUAUUGAUGAACCAAUAGCUAAUAAUGAGCUUUUGGAUGGGAAUUAUGGUGUUGGAGAUCAUGUUGAGAAUUAUUUUGGAUUUGAGGAUAAGGGUCUUAAUCUUGUGGGGGGUCAUGUUUCAGUUGGUGAUGUUGAUUCUCUGUUAGAUAUUCAUCCUGGUCGAGGAUUGGUUGAACAUGGUAAGGAGCAGAAUGGUGAUCACCAGUUGCUUAGAUCAGGAGAUGGAUUGGUUGAUUUUGGUAAUUGCUCUAAUGUUCAUGGAGAGGUUGGGACAUCUCAUACAAUGCCGGAUAUGCCUCUUUGGAAGACAAUUGAAGAUGUCUCAGCACCCGAAAUGCCCAUGGAUGUUGAAGAGGAUGGCGUUAAAAUAAGUUCGCCUGGAUAUGAUGUUGCGCCCUCACCUAUGACAUUGGGGGAGUCAUUACCGGAUACUGAGAUGAAUAGGUCGAUUCCUAUCUCCGGAGAUGAUUUUGCUGAUAUAUCGGAUUCACUGUUGAACUUAACUAAUGAAAAUGAGCCUGUUAUUGUAGUUGUAGAUGGGGAGAACAUGAAUUUUCCCAAAGAUGUAAAUGGAAAUAAUGGUUCAAGUGUAUGUCAAUCAGAGACCUUGGAUGGAAAAACAUUGAAUGAUGUGUCUGGUGCAGGGAAGAACGAUAAUGCUAGUGUGAGUCAAUUUGGUGGUGGUAAUCAGCAUAAUGUUUCUCAUUCUGAAAUCAACAUUCCAUCAGUGCCAAACCCUCGUUCUCCUGAAAUUUUCCGUGAAAUGGAGUGUACAUUAAACACCGAGGACCCUGAGGUCCCGGAUAAUGAUGAUGUGAUACUAUCCAGAUUUACAGAAUAUCGUAAUCCUCCUACUUCCUGUUUGAAUAAAAAGAAUGGCAGGCAAGAAAAUAUAAUCUUGAAGAAAGAAGAAAAGGUUGCAGAUCCAUUUAUUGCUUCCAAAUUGACAGGACAGAGAAUAGUUCAGAAAUCCAGCCCUAGCUUCUCAGUUGUCAGCUGUGAUGUUAAGGAAGAAUCUUUUGAUGGGAACCAUCUAGCUUCAGUCUCCAAAAAAACAAAAGAAAUCCAUGUGGAUCCAAGUCAAAACAGAUCUGUCCAUCCAACUCCUAAGUAUUCAGCAAACCAAGUGCUAAAACAAGAGGCAUUACCUGCUCCAGUUACAAUUAAGGGGAAACAAGCACUCGUAUCUACAGAGCUAGGUCCAGUUUCGUUGAAACCAGAAGCAAUCUCUUCUGCACUAGAUCAUGAUGAAUCUGAGGAAGAACCUGAUGAUGGCGAUGAUGAUAUUCCUUCUUUUUCUGAUAUUGAAAACAUGAUACUAGAGAUGGAUUUAUGUCCAGAUGAUGAGGAUCCAUAUAUCAGUAAAGAAGUCUUAAGGUAUCAGCAUGAAGAUGCUAAAAGGAAAAUCAUGAGGUUGGAACAGUGUGCUCGAGCUUCCAUGCAAAGAGCCAUAGCAUCUAAAGGUGCAUUGGCUAUAUUCUAUGGCCGCCAUUCAAAGCAAUAUAUUAAAAAACCUGAGGUCAUACUUGGAAGAGCAACCGAAGAUAAUGAAGUUGACAUUGACUUGGGAAGAGAAGGGCCUGCAAACAAAAUAUCUAGGCGGCAGGCUUUUAUAAAGAUGGAAGGAGAUGGUUCUUUCUAUUUGACCAAUAUCGCAAAGAGUUCAAUCUUCGUAAACGGAAAAGAAAUACCAACCAGACAUCGCAUGUGUCUUAGCUCAAGUAGUUUGAUCGAGAUUAGAGAAAUGUCGUUUGUGUUUGAGAUGAAUCACAAAUCUGUGAAGCGGUAUCUGGAGAAUAUCAACAGAAAUAACAAACAGAAGUUUACAAAGUUUGAAUGGUCAUGAGCCAAGGGAAAUCACCAAAACCAAACACAGAAAUGUCGUUCAGGUUUCUUUUGUGAAUUUUGUAUUAAUUUUUGUGUUAACCUAUUAUAUUAGCAUAUUCCUCAACUCCCUGAUUGUUGAAUGUAUAUAGGCCUUUCUAACGUAAUUAAUUCAUAGUAUGUACAGUACAGAUAGGUAUUGCUGCUGUUGUUGUUGUUGUUGUUGUUGUUUUUUACACCCUUUAAUUUUAUCUAAAGAAUAUAGUAUCUUUAUCAAAUUGAACUUCACAAUAAAGUAAAAUAUAUUUACCUAGUUCCAUAA